ACAUGUACACUGAUCAUCAGGUCACUGAUGAUCAGUGUGCCCUGAUGAUCAGUGUGGCCCCAGAAGUGCCACCUGUCAGUGCUCAUCAGUGCCAGUGCCCAUCAGUGCCACGUGCCAGUGCCCAUCAGUGCCACAUCAAUGCCACAUAUCAGUGCAUACCAGUGCACAUGAAUGCCACAUAUCAGUGCCCAUCUGAGCUGCCUUUCAAUGUCACCCAUCAGUGCCAGUCAGUGCCACCUAUCAAUGCCAAUCAGUGCCACCUAUCAGUGCUGCCAAUCAGUGCCACCUAUCAUUGCCAGUCAGUGUCGCCUAUCAGUGCCAGUCAGUGUCAGUCAGUGCCGCCUAUCAGUGCCAGUCAGUGCCACCUAUCAAUGCCAAUCAGUGCCACCUAUCAGUGCUGCCAAUCAGCAGUGCUGCCUAUCAGUGCUGCCUAUCAGUGCCAGUCAGUGCCGCCUAGCAGUGCCAGUCAGUGCUGCCUAACAGUGCCAGUCAGU